ACUGCGGACACAGUACAGGGAUGACCAGAGACUGCGGACAACAGUACAGGGAUGACCAGAGACUGCAGACACAGUACAGGGAUGACCAGAGACUGCGGACACAGUACAGGGAUGACCAGAGACUGCGGACAGUACAGGGAUAACCAGAGACUGCGGACAGUACAGGGAUGACCAGAGACUGCGGACACAGUACAGGGAUGACCAGAGACUGCGGACAGUACAGGGAUGACCAGAGACUGCGGACAGUACAGGAGAUGACCAGAGACUGCGGACA